GAUGAAUUAGAAAGCGAUUGUCACACCCUCGAAGCAGAAGUCCAGUGUAGAGCAUCACAGCGGAGCAGACGGCCUCCUAACAGCCCUCAUACAGGACUGCAGCAGGACUUCAAACAUCGGGUCAGGAUGAAGAGGAAUCCUCGGGAUAAAACUGAGGACAUCAUAGACGCUGUCUAUGCUAAUGCACCGGCACGCACUGUGAAUAAAAUAGCAGCCCCUCCAGAGAAAGUCAUAGAGGAAGCAAGCUAUGGUAAUGCACCAGCAUGCACUGUGGACAAAGUGGCCGCCCCCCCAGACCAGAGGUCUCUCUUCUUCUCUCGGUCUUUUCCACUGAUAGCAGUGUGUUGGCUGAUACUGUUAGUCAUCAUGGGCCUUCGUAUCUACUUUGAUACUGUCGUAGAAAGCAAGAUCACAAACCUCACUGCAGACGUCCAGAACAUGACAACAAGAAUCAAGCAUCUGGAGACCCAGAGGAACAACUUAACAGAACUAAUACGAGCGCUGAAAACAAACUGGAAUAAACUCAACGUCGGUCGAGCUCAGUGGAGCAUUGAUGCCUACUGCCCCAAAACAACUAACGGGAGACAGUGUACAGCUUGUCAGAAUGGCUGGUUUCCCUACGGGUCUAACUGCUAUGCGUAUAAUAACGCAGUUCCUCCUGAUCCGAAAACCUGGGAAGAAGCUCGACAAGUAUGCGCAGGAAGGAGUUCAGAUUUGGUUGUUGUACAAAGUCAAGCGGAUCAGGGUGCACUCAAUGCAUUCAGCGUGGGUAGUUCAGGAACUGAUGGAUACUGGUUUGGUCUGAGAGCUGAAGGAGGGAGAUGGAAGUGGAUUGAUGGAAGUUAUCUGAAUGAAAGCUACUGGACACCACAGCCUCCUCCUGCUGCUACUGACGGUCAGUGUGUAAUGUCUGUCCAGAACUAUAAAUGGAUAUCAGUGAGCUGUGGUGAUAGAAAACACUGGAUCUGCAUAAUGAAGGCUUUAUCUGUUUAAACACAGCAGUCAGACUCUGCCUGAUAAUAUCAACUGGCUCAUAAAUAUCAAACUAUGAAGACUUCUACUUCACAAUUUAAAUGUUUUGUCCUUU